UGUUGUGAAAUACAAGUGUGGAUGUUACCAGGGCACGGCUUUUAUACACAGCAUAAUUAUUAAACGUGUAUGAAAUGUCCAGACUCGUUCCUAUGAGAGUGUAAGGACCACCAUUGCAUGGAAACGAGUUCAGCAGCAGCUGAGACAAUGACAGAAAUAGAGUGUAGCCACCUGGAGGAGUUCGUAAAUUCUGGACGUACCGGACGUCGUAAUGCCAUGGCCGACAUACAGAGUGAUCAAAACAAUACUGUCUCCACUGCACCAAUAACAUUUGAAAUGGACAAACUCAGCUGCCACGAUUCUCCAGACAGUAAAACAAAGCCCCCACAAGAUGAACCUCCUGGGGCUAGUGGGCAGGGUCAAGGGUCAUAGCUGGCUCCCAACCAAUCAAAAGUAGUCUCUAGGGCAAGGUGUGGAGCAGAGGUUUUUAAAAGACGCUGCUAUGGCUUGGCAAUAGAGUGCCUGAGCAAUGAAAUUUUGCUUGAAGGGAGAUGAAUCCAAUUUUAGGAAGAUAAGCUUUACUGCUCCACAGACUUCUGUGUGUUUAGCUUUUCCAGCUUGAGAAGUCAUUGGAGAAUCUUUUAUUGUGUGCUGCUAAGCAACAGGAAAAUAGGUCAACAACAGCCUUAUCCUCGGUUCCUGGUUGUCAGUAUGGCUGUAGAAGUAUAUGUCAUAAGGGAGAUAACUCUGAUUAUACCAGACACAUAUGACAGUGAAUAUCAUGGAGAUAAUGGUUAAUUAAAAAUAAAAUAAUAGAUUUCCUUAUUCAUUCAGCAGUGUCAUUAGAUACAGAAAAUAAAAUGAUCCCUGUAAAAAUCUGUUACUAACACCAGGAAUCAUUCUGUUCACAUUUUACCUACAUAUUUUACAUUUAAAUCAUACAUAAAAUGAUGUUUGAGAGUUUCUAGCAUCGGCCUAAUACAUUAAGACAUCAAUCAUUUCUUAUUAAUGGAUUUUAGAAUGUUGGAACACUAUAAUCAUGAUCAAUGACCUUCAUUAGGAGGAGAAGGAAGUGGGAUUGUAGAUUUGUCAAAUGCUGGCAAGGGUGGAAAUAUACAUUAAUAAUUCCAAAUUACUUUUGCACAUGGAAUAUCAGCAUUUGUUUUUCAUCUUAUCCUGUUUGAUGAAAUAAUUAAACUGUUACUCAAAUAAUGUGUUUAUAUUUCUAUGCUUUUGUACAUGAACUUUGACCCCAGUCUCACUCAAUUUCAUUAGCAUUGAGAAUACCAAAUUGUUGUCAUUGAAGUGAUAGAUAUGAGAUCGUCCACUCUCAUUUUUCACUAUAUUUAUCUUCCAAUAACCAAGGUGACUGGUCAAAACCUCAAUGUAUAAAUACUGUGUUGUAUUACAGUGCAAUGAUCUAGAUUUGUUGGUAUUUAUAUAAACAGGCGAUGUGAGUGGGCUUAUUACCAUCAACAGAUGGUGAGCUAUUUAAAUUUCUCUGCAUCAGUAGUAUGUAUUGAAUGGAUGUCUCUCAAAUUUCAUACAUAUGUUCCCUUUGGUCUCAACUAGUGUUUGUUUGAUUUUGGGACUGAUCAGAAGAAACAAAAUGGCUUCCAGGCGGCCAUUUGGAUUUGGCAGGUAAAGAUUAUCAUCGCUAUGUCUGCAAAGGAAUGUUCAAAUAUCAUCAAGAGCCAAAAUAGAGGCCGAUGGGGGGUGGGGGGGAUCCUCUUUUCAACGAGCAUAUAAAGAUCAAACAAUGGUGGGUGCCAAGAUACCUUUAGGAUAUCUUGUAUUAACAGAACAGAUCAAUGUGAGUGGGCUUAUUACCAGACUCUGGCUUAUUGCUGGGUAUGUAUGGUUAUUUAGUUUUCAAUAUUUGGUUAGGCUGGAGCUUGUAAUACUGUUUAUAUUAUGACCUAAAACUUAAAAAGCAAUUAUUGUUUUAAUGUGUUUUUAUCAUGUCAAACCUGUGGCCUUUCAUUCAUUGCUUUUCACAGCUAAAUCUUUGGAUGAUGUACUCUGAUUACACCAAGUCCUGGGUUUGUGGAAGAAGACCAGACUUCCAAUUUUUAAUGUUUAUUUUUUUUUUUUAAUUCAUGUUGAUAUUUCAAACUACAUGUCUUGUAAAUAUUGUAAAUAUAGAGGACUUCACUAAAUUAAGACUGAUGUCAAAAAGCAAAUAUUUUCGAUUUACUGACAUGUUUUAAGACACACUUGAUGACCAUCCAAGGUUUCCCUCCCAGCAUAUGUGCUAUAGUUGGGUUUUUUUUUCUUGCACUCCACAUUAGGCCAAUUCAUGUCCCAUAUUCCUAAUACUUUACUUCACUUUUACCGACUGUUCAGUCCAGUUCAAAUUUCUUUAUUCUCUAUGAAAUUUUAAUUGACUAAUUACUUAAGAAUUUCUGUUGAUUACAUACUGGAGUGUUAUGCUUUAUUCAGCUUGACGAUCUGAGGUUAGGCUGGCAAAGUUGAAAAUAAAUGUUGUUUUGAAUAUAUUAAACAAUGAUUUUACAUGAAUGAUUUAAGAAAUAAGUUUUCUUUUUUGUUGUUUACUGGUAUGUAAACUGCAAUUUUUUUUUACAGAUAUUUAUAAUGAUGGGUGUGAAUUUAAUAUGUUGAAAUAUCUUUAAAUCUUAAAUACAGAUGCAGUUUACACACCAAUAAACGACAAAAAUCAUUUCUUAUAUUUACAUUUUGACAGUUGGGUUGUUUUUCUUUUUUAUGCUACUUAGAAAAAAUUAUAAUUGUCAUUCAUUGGAUGUUGUACGCAUUGAUUAAGUAGCCUGACAACUGAUGCCCAGUGAUGGAAUAGUGAAGUAGCUUAUUCUGAUUUAGCAGUAAAGGCUUUCAAACUUUGACCUUUACCAAAGCACAAUCAUCAGUUUUGUUGGUAAGGACAAAUACAGGAUACACACAAGCAUUGUAAAUAGAAUAUUUCAUCAUUUCGAUGAACUGAAGACCUAAAUCUGGUAGGGAUGAUAUUUCUAUUUUUGUAACCUCGUGUGUGUGAUAUACACACUAUUUUUAUUUAUCUAUUUUUCCAUUAUUUUUUCGUCAUUAUCUACUUAAUGUCGUAAGUCUGAUGUAGAUUAAUUUAUAACUUACAGUAUUAUGAUAUAUACUUAUGAAAGUCAUUUUGAUAUCUACUUGCCCCGUCUAUUUGUUUUGUGAUUGUUUAUAACAGGACUUUAGACAUAUCUGAUAUUGUGUUUGGAAUAUUAGUUAUUACAUUUGAAGAAUGUAAGGAUCCAAAUAUUUGUUCAUAUAGAAAGGUUACUUUUGUAUGUACAAACAAUUUCAUAAUACAUAGUUCAAUGCAAUGUUGAUCCUAUCCACCCAAUCCACAAUAAUGUAGGUAUGGGUAUUAGAUUUGCUGUGUAGAAUAGGAGUCAGGACGAAGGCUUUGGAAAUAACAUAGAGCUUUGUGUAGAAACUUAUUGUUUAACACAGGGCUGGUACAUUAUGUAUAAAGAGAUUCUCAAUCACAAAAGGGUUUUGGUACCCAUCAGUACAGCAAUGAACUAAAGAACCUCAGAGGAAUGUUUGUAGUUCAACUAUCUGCACUUGGGGCAGCCAUUUUAUAUUUUUCUCUUUUGAAUAUAUUUCCAUAUUUAGUUUUAUUAAAUAACCCAAUGAAAUUUGUUACAAGUGAAAUGUACAUACAUGUUUUGUAUUACUUUGUAAGAUUUGGUCGUGUAAAACUAAAAUUCGGCAAUGAGAUUCUGACUGCCAAGCUUGAGAUUAAUGUCUUACUAAUGUCAUAUCCAUGUUUGUUAACGAAGCUUAAAAAUGGCAUCUGUUUCUAUUUAUAAGUCUGGUCCUGGUAUACAUGUCAAUUAGAACUAGUCAGACUCCUGUGUUUCCUGAUGAAGGCACCAGCAGCAUUAGAGUUGAAAAUAGAAGAAUUAUCAGUGAUUUGAGUUCAUCACUAGAAGUAGUAGACGUGUAGGAUUACUUCUCAAUCAGCUUCUGAGUUCAUUUUGAUUGCAUUUUUUAUUGUUGAUAAUAAAUUCUUAAGAAAAAGUUA